AUGUUUAUUCAAUUCCAAUAUGUCAGGUAGAAGGGAAGUUGAGAUUUUACUUUAAUUUUUUUAGGAUAAGAAUAGGACGUUUUGAAUAGAAAAUAUAAUGAAACAAUAACUUAAAUUGGUGGAAUUGUUAUUUGUUAGUUUAUUUAGUAAUCUCAUAUUGUCAUUUUAAUUUGAUGAUUCACAAAACGGGUACAGUUUCGUGUUGUUAUUUAUUGUUUCGAAUCGAGUUGUGUCUCAACAAUCGCAUAAAUGAUACCGUCGGUAACAGUGCAUGAGGAUUCGUGUUAAGUGUAUUAGUAUUUUAUUGUAAUGUAAAUAAAAAAAUAUUGUUUGUACGCGCAUGCGUUCGCCUCGAAAACAGACAAAGGUUUUGUGUGGUUUGGAAAUCAGCUGUAUUUUAAGUGAGAUGACCUAAGUGAUACAAAAAGUGUUCGGAAGUUACAAUGUUCAGUGAAAUUGGAUACACAGCAUUUCUACUUCUCGCUCUGCCAUAUAUCGAGAGUGCAUCUCGCCGCCGCCUAAACGAAUACAUAGAACACUACGAGCCUUUGCAGUACGACUCGGAUGCGUUACAUGCACAGCACCAGCGUGUGCGGCGCUCGACAGACGCAGCGCGCGACCUGCGUCUGCACUUCAGCGCGCACGGCAAGGAGUUCCACCUGCGCCUGCGCAGGGACCUCUCCGCGUUUAGCGAUAACUUUAAGGUUGAAGGCUCACGAGGAGAGCCGCAUGAAGUCGAUACAUCACACAUCUAUCACGGUGAAUUGGCCGAUGAUCCACAUUCGACGGUGUUCGGCUCGGUGACGGAGGGCGUGUUUGAAGGGAAGAUAAUAGCGCACGAUGGCUCGUUCUACGUGGAGCACGCGCGCCGGUAUUUCCCGCCCAACAGCACGCGGACGAAGGUGCACUCAGUGAUCUACCGCGAGGGCGACGUCAGCGACCCCUACGCGCACCGGAGACACGGUCAUGUGGGCGGCUGCGGCAUCACCGACGAGGUGGUGCAAUGGAUGGAGCGAAUCCAGAACUCUGGCGUUGACGAGGAGCCGCCGACGUCGCCGGCGCCAGCGCCGCCGCACUCGACGCCGACGCACACGCACCACUCGUCAGGAUCGCCGCCGCCACAUCCGAACAGCUUGAGAGACGAUCCUCCUAGGUACUGGGAGCACCACAACAAGUAUUCUCGCAGCGCGAACACGGGCGAGCACGCGCGCACGCGCCGCGCCGCGCCCGACAACCGCAACACCUGCUCGCUCUACAUACAGACCGACCCGCUCAUAUGGGCCCACGUUAGGGAAGGCUUUCCAGAUCACAAAGACCCGAGCAAAAAGGCCGAAGUGGACAUGAAAACGCGCGAAGAGAUCCUAUCACUAAUCUCACAUCACGUCACCGCCGUCAACUACAUAUACCGAGGCACGAAGUUCGACGGACGACUGGAACACAGGAAUAUCAAGUUUGAAGUGCAGCGAAUUAAGAUCGACGACGACUCCCUGUGCCACCCGCACCACUACCAGAGCGAGACGAACCAGUUCUGCCUCGGCAACAUCGACGUCUCCAACUUCCUCAACCUGCACUCGCUCGGCGACCACGAGGCGUUCUGUCUCGCCUACGUGUUCACCUACAGAGACUUCACUGGAGGAACUCUAGGUCUGGCGUGGGUGGCGAGUGCAAGUGGCGCCUCUGGCGGCAUAUGCGAGAAGUACAAAACGUACACAGAGACUAUAGGAGGCAUGUACCAGAGCACCAAGCGGUCGCUCAACACUGGCAUCAUCACGUUCGUCAAUUACAACAGUCGCGUGCCGCCCAAAGUGAGCCAGUUGACGCUGGCCCACGAGAUUGGACACAACUUUGGAUCACCGCACGACUACCCGUCGGAGUGUCGGCCGGGCGGGCAGGAGGGCAACUUCAUAAUGUUCGCGUCGGCGACGUCGGGCGACCGGCCCAACAACAGCCGCUUCAGCGCCUGCAGCGUCGGCAACAUCAGCGCCGUGCUCGACGCCGUGCGCGACGGCCGCAAGCGCAACUGCCUCACCGCCAGCGCCGGCGCCUUCUGCGGCAACAAGAUCGUCGAGGUCGGCGAGGAGUGCGACUGCGGUUACGACGGCGACGAAUGCAAGGACCGCUGUUGUUACCCGCGACAAGUGAGCGCUUACGAUCGCGAACAAAACAGCACCGCCAAGGGAUGCACCAGGAGAGCGAAUACUCAAUGCAGCCCGUCGCAAGGCCCGUGCUGCCAGGCGCAGUCGUGCCAGUUCGUGGCGGCGGCGCGCAACCAGACGUGUCGCGAGGCGGCCGAGUGCAGCCACGCCGCCUUCUGCUCCGGCGACUCCGCCGACUGCCCCGCGCCCGCCGCCAUGCCCAACCACACCAAGUGCAACAACGGCACGCAGCUGUGCAAGGACGGCGAGUGCAGCGAGUCGAUAUGCCGCGCGUGGAACAUGUCGGAGUGCUUCCUGUCGUCGGCGCCCAACCCCCGCGGCGACGGCGUCACGGCCGUGGUGGUGGACCGGCGCACGCUGUGCCAGCUGGCGUGCCAGACCGGGCCCGGGCCCGACUCGUGCAAGAGCACGGCCGACUUUGCCGGCAAGGUGGGCCUGCCCGAGGGUGGCAUCAGUCUGCGGCCAGGCUCGCCGUGCGAUAACUUCCAGGGUUAUUGUGAUGUGUUCCUGAAAUGUCGCGCGGUGGACGCAGAGGGUCCGCUGGCGCGGCUCAAGAACUUGCUGCUGAACCGCGCCACGCUGCAGACCGUGCAGGCCUGGGUCACGGAGCAGUGGUGGGCCGUGCUGCUCGCCGGCGUCGCGCUCAUCGUCUGCAUGGGCGCCUUCGUCAAGUGCUGCGCCGUGCACACGCCCUCUUCCAACCCCAAGCGUCCGCCUGCCAGGCGGUUGUCGGAGACGCUACGUCGUCCGAUGAACACGUUGCGGCGCAUGCGUCACGGCGGCGCCGCGCGGUCCCCCUCCCGCGCCCCUCCCCGCGCGGGGCACCGGCGCGCGCGCACGCACAAGGGCUACGCGCCGCCGCUCGCCUACAGCGCGCGCCCCGCCGCCGCGUCCGCGCCGCCGCCCGGGCCCUCCGCGCGCCGCCCCGAGCCCUACGCCAACGCCUACCCGCAGGCCUACGAGAUGCGGCCCGCGCAGAAAGUCUGACAGUACGACUACUGCGCCCCCGCAGGAGGCGGCGCGGCCGUGGGCGGCGACGCGGCGCGCCUUGAGCUGGUGGCGCUGGCGCCGGGUGUGCCGCUGCUGCUGGGCUACGUGUACCGCGCCGGCGCGCCCGCGCCCGUGGCCGCGCCUGCGCCCGCCGCCGCGCCGCGCGACAACAACACCGUGACGGUGGCGUCGCAGACCACCAUCACGCUGCACUCGCCGGAGUCGCUGACGGUGACGCAGCCGUCGCGCGCCGACAUGUGAGGCGGCGGGUGUCUGGUGGUUCGUGGCCGGUGAAUUGUUUGCUCAAUGCGGAUGAAUGUUCACGCGCCGGUUAUUAUUUUUGUAUCAAACAGUGUACGGAACGGUCGAAGACACGACGUCUUUUUGCGCCUAUAUUUCACGAGACUCGGUGACAGUGAACGGGAACCACAACAUGACCGUGUGAACCACAUCCCGCGUUCAAAACGAUGAUGAAAAUGUUACGAGUCACUGCGUUGUUUUACUCAAAACUCCAAUAAUUGUAAUUGUAAUUUUUAUAUAAAGUUAUUUUUAAAGUAUUUAAAGUUAUCGUAAGUGGAAUGUCGAGGUGCCAUUAUACCGAUUUGUAUUCCUGUUCCUUUAUGAAUUCGUCUUCUUUUUUCCGAUCCAUCGUAGUGUAGCAAUCGUUUCGUCUUGAUAAAUGAUAUUAUUCUAAUGAUUUAACAAUGGGCUCAAAAUAUCAAUAAAAAUGUCAAAAAUCUCUUUUACGUCUUCCUGUGGCGGUAAAUUGGAUUCGUUUCGUUCUUUGUAUUUUAAGUAGAGUAUAAUUAUAUGAAAAUUAACAGUAUUGCCAAAUGAUCAAAUUUAAUUAGACUGAUAACGUUUCAACGUGGAAACGGUAAAAUUUUGUAACAAGCAUUAUUUUUUUUGUAUUUCAAUGAUUUGUGUGAAACAGAAGCUCAAAAAGACAAACAAUGUUGUUAUUGUAAUAUUUGCCGACGAAAACAUACUUGCAUAUCACACUGGACACUUGUGUAUGUCGAUGCAUCAUUUUGUCGUACAGACUACAGUUGAAUUGAUCUCUUUGAUAGGUGAUGAGAUAUUUUUCUCAAUCUCACGUAGCGUUACUUUUCGUCGUGCAAGCCAAAGAGCAUGAUGUAUUUUUUAUUAUUUCUAUACAAUUUUAAUGUUAAGGAUCGGUCUUUAAGCGUACCACGUUAAUGCCAUUUUAUUAGUGAAUGUCGAAACAAUAUGCAAGUUGUAACUGUACUAUAAUACUGUAUAUUUGUAUGUAAGUGAUGAGGUGAUGUUUCCGUUGUAGAGUGACUUGACCAAUCGUGUAAUUGGUGGAUGAAUACUCUCCAUCAAUAUAAGUAGUAGGUACUCAAUGGCAUUAUUUCUCCUAAGUGUAAGCUAGAUUACCAUAAUAGAUUAUUUAAACGACAAUGUGAAUAUUUUUAAUUAACAAGAUGAAUGUUACAACAUGUGAUUUCAAAAUAAUAAAAAAAAAACAAUAAAUUUUACAAUAA